AUGGCAAUUUUAAAGAACUUAACUGUUGAUGAAAUGGUGUGCUAUUCACCAACUAUGAUAACAACAAAUGGGAUAUGGCAAGGAGAUAACCCUUUGGAUUAUGCUCUUCCUCUCUUCAUCCUUCAAGUUAUUUUAGUUGUUGUUGCCACGCGAAUCUUCGUCUUUGUACUCAAGCCUCUUCGCCAACCACGCGUCAUAGCUGAAAUUUUGGGAGGGGUAGUGUUAGGUCCUUCUGUUCUUGGAAGAAACAAAACAUUUGCUGAUGCGGUUUUUCCUCUGAGAAGUGUGAUGGUGAUUGAAACAAUGGCAAAUGUUGGUCUUUUAUAUUUUCUAUUCUUGGUUGGAGUAGGGAUGGAUGCGUCUGCAAUAAGAAGGAUGGGUAAAAAAUCAGUCACCAUAGCAAUUGCUGGUAUGGUGUUACCAUUCGGAACGGGAGCGCUAUUUUCGAUCUUUCUGAUGAAAGAGAAUGAGAAAGCCGCAAAUGGAAGUGCUUUUGUGUUAAUUCUUGGUGUUGUUCUUUCUGUCACUGCAUUUCCUGUUCUUGCUAGGAUCCUUGCAGAGUUGAAACUGAUCAACACGGAGUUGGGAAGGGUUGCUCUUUCAGCUGCAAUCAUCAAUGAUGUUCUGUCAUGGAUGCUUUUGGCUAUAGCUAUUGCUUUAGCGGAAGAUGAAAGAAUUUCUGUGGCUUCUAUAAUGGUUGUUUUGUCGAGUGCUGCAUUUGUUGCCUUUAAUGCUUUUGUUGUAAGACCGAUAAUCAUGUGGAUAAUAAGGAAAACGCCAGAAGGCGAAUCGUUUAGCGAUUUCUAUAUAUGUUUGAUUCUAGCAGGAGUGAUGAUAUCAGGUUUCAUCACAGAUGCUAUUGGAACUCAUUCAGUUUUCGGUGCUUUUGUGUUCGGUUUGAUUAUUCCAUCUGGUCCACUUGGUUUCGCGCUUAUUGAAAAGCUUGAGGAUUUUGUUUCUGGCCUUUUGCUUCCUCUCUUUUUCGCAAUUAGCGGAUUGAAAACCAAUAUUAGUCUCAUCAUCGGUGUUACUAAAUGGGCUAUUAUACUCAUUCUUGUUAUUUUGGCUUGUAUUGGUAAAGUUGUUGGAACUUUGAUUGUUGCUAUUAGUUAUCAAAUGUCACUUUCUGAAGGUGCUGCUCUUGGCAUGCUCAUGAACACGAAAGGCCUUGUUGAAAUUCUUGUUCUUAACAUCGGUCGAGAUCAAAAGGUUUUGGAUGAGGAGGCGUUUGCGACGAUGGUGGUUAUAACAAUACUAAUGACUGGAAUGAUUGUGCCUGCAAUAUCAAUUAUAUAUAGACCAUCAAGAGGAAUGAUAUCUUACAAAAGAAGAACGAUUCAAAUGUCGAAAAAAGAUGCAGAGUUUAGAGUACUAGUGUGUAUUCAUACCCCAAGAAAUGUUCCAACAAUGAUAAACCUCCUUGAAGCCUCAAAUCCAACUAAAAAAUCACCAAUAUGUACCUAUGUGCUUCAUUUGGUUGAACUCACAGGUCGAACAUCGGCGUUACUCAUUGUUCAUACAUCGAAAAAAUCAGACCACACUGCUCUCAACAGAACCGAAGCUCAAUCGGAUCACAUAAUCAACGCCUUCGAAAACUACGAACAGCACGCGGAACAUGUAUCAGUCCAACCAUUAACAGCAAUCUCCCCUUACUCCACAAUGCACGAAGAUAUAUGCAGUUUAGCCGAAGAAAAACGCGUCGCGUUUAUAAUCAUCCCUUUUCAUAAACAACAAACAGUGGACGGAGGAAUGGAAGCAACAAACAUGGCGUUUCGUACGGUUAACCAAAACGUGUUAGCGAACUCGCCUUGCUCAGUUGGAAUUCUAGUAGAUAGAGGCUUAAACAGUUCAAACCGUUUAGUUGCCGAUCAAAUGUCGCAUCAUGUAGCAGUAUUGUUUUUCGGAGGACCAGACGAUAGAGAAGCGUUAAGUUACGGUUGGAGAAUGUCGGAACAUUCUGGAAUAAGCCUAACCGUAAUGCGUUUCGUUCCUGGAGAAGACACGGCCAUGAGCGAAAAUAGUUCUAGUCAUAACAAUAAUGCAGAUAAACAGAGAGUUCUAACAGUCGAAACAGACGUGGACGAAGAAAACGAUCAACAACUCGAUGAGAGAUUCUUACAUUGGUUUAUGAUGAGCCAUGUAAACGACGAUUCAAUAGCUUAUAUGGAAAAAGUUGUGAACAACGGGGAAGAAACGGUAGCGGCGAUAAGGUCAAUGGGAGAUGUUUUUGGACUAUUUAUAGUUGGGAGAGGACAAGGAGUAAUAUCACCACUGACAGCAGGACUUACUGAUUGGAGUGAAUGUCCUGAGUUAGGUGCAAUUGGUGAUUUGUUAGCAUCUUCUGAUUUUGCAACAGUUGCAUCGGUUUUGGUGGUUCAACAAUAUGUUGGUGCUGGUUUAGAAGAUGGAUCGGUAACACCUGUGUUAAAUGAAGAAUAUGGUGGUGGAAAUCAAUCAAGUUAUAUGCCACCAAGGGGGAGUCAAUCGGUUGCAUCACCAAGGGGGAGUCAAGCUGUUUUUAGUACAGAAAGGUGUUGA